GGGGAAACUCGACUCGGCACUCCAAAGUACACAGCCUCCGCGAUUACAGUGGUGUGCUCCUGCGGUUCCUUCUAUUCUGUUGUCGCCUAAUAUCCAUUCCUCGCGCCAGUGGUAAUAAUCAGCCACAGAUAAGUGGUUUUCCGCACGUCGUAGCCGUCACCAAACAAGGGCACAACAUCCGCAGAGCCAACACAAUUUCUACCACAGGUCGUCGGCACCAUGAAACUUACGUUAUUCACAAUAUUCGCUCUCUGUAUAAUAGCCGUCUGCAGAUCAGCCGAAGAGGAAUAUGAUUAUGAGGAAGAAGUAGCAGCACCGGUGACGCCGGCACCGGCACCGGCAAAACCAGCAGGUGGUCGGCUAGGAGGUCUCUUAUCCGCGAGAGGACGCCCAAAUGUAGCACCUGUAGGGAAAAAAAAAGUAUCACCGAUUCAGUCAACGACAUCGAAACCAGUAGAACAAGCACCCGAGGAAGAAGACGUAGAAAGUGAAGAAGGGCUUGAAGACAGUCAAGAACACGAAGCUCCGACGACAACGACUGAAUCCGCGAAGAAGCUUCGUAAUGCUGGUGGCGUCAGGCCCUUUAGAUCAAACGAUGAUCUCUUGGCUGCUCUAAAGAGGAGAAGAGCGCAGACCGGAUCCAGCAGUCAUUCACGAGAAUCUGCUUCUACGCAUUCUGCAGUAGAGCAUACAACAGCUAAAACAAAAGCUAGCACAAACAAUCGUAGCAAAACUAACGCAGGGGGCGAAACAAGAACAACAGGACGCGGCAGGUUCGGAGGAAGAGGAAGUAAAGUUGUACAAGAGGAAGUCGAGGAAACUCAACAAGAGGAAGUCCAAGUGAAACCUAAAGCUUAUCGCAGGGGUUAAAUCAAUCGUUACUCUGUGUGAUGAUACUUGUUUAAACUUGUUGAUUUCUUAGAACAUAUAUUAAUCAAAUUUGACGACUUAAACUAUGUGUUCAAAAACUGUGUCGUCUUCUAUAUUGCAAAGUUCAAGACCUUUGUAAAACGAUCUCGUCAAUGAAUUUUUCACAACAAAUGUGCUACUGUUUUGGAGCAAAAAUUCAAUUUUCGAAGAAUUCAACUCGAAUUUAUAUAAAUGAAAAUAUCACUCGAAGAAUGGUGGACUUUGUUCGUGUUUUACCACACGACAUCAAAAAUAUGAGCGAUCAAGAAAAAGAGAAAUUAGCAUAUCGAUUAUUAUGAUAGGUGCUAAUCGAAAAGAACAAAGUCUUCCUCUUCGUUACCAAGUGUAUAUAGCAAAACGUUGCCAUCCCCAAGUACUUAAAUCAUUUAUCUAUUAUAUAAAUGUAAAUUAAUAUGACAAUAAAAUAUUUC